CCUCGACCAGCCCGGACGUCCUGCUUGCUCCGGCCAUCCUCGAGGGUUGUCCGCCCUUAAAGGUCCCAGGUUGCUUUGCCGCAGGCUCCUUCGCAUUUUAACCUGUACCGUUACCGGGAAUCGUAGGGAGGACGCCGGGGGACUGAGGAAACCUAGAAAUGGAUUCAGUGGCCUUUGAGGAUGUGAGUGUGAAGUUCACCCUGGAGGAGUGGGCUCUGCUGGAUCCUUCACAGAAGAAACUCUACAGAGAUGUGAUGCGGGAAACCUUCAGGAACCUGGCUUCAAUUGGAGAAAUAUGCAAAGACAUUGAAGAUCACUUUGAAAAGCAUGGGACAAAUUUAAGCAGUCAUAUAGUAGAGAGACUGGGUAACAGUAAAGAAGGUGGUCAGUAUGUAAAAACCUUCAGCCACAUUCCAAUUCAUAAUGAGAAAGAGAAAACGACUGGAAUGAAACUAUGUGAAUGCAGUGUGUGUGGACAAGUCUUCAUGAAUCAGUCAUUGUUUAAUAGCCACAUGAAAUCUCACACUACACCCAAACCAUAUGAGUAUCAGGAAUAUGAAGAAAAGCCAUAUAAAUGUAAAGAAUGUGGGAAAGCCUUCAAGUAUCGCCAAUCCAUUCGAAGGCAUGAAAGGAUUCACACUGGAUUGAAACCCUAUGUAUGUAAGCACUGUGGUAAAGCUUUCAGUUGUCUCAGUUACUGUCGAAUUCAUGAAAUAUCUCACACAGGAGAGAAACCGUAUGAAUGUAAGCAAUGUGGUAAAGCUUUCAGUUGUCCUAAUUACUUUAGAAAACAUGAAAGAACUCAUACUGGAGAGAAACCUUAUGAAUGUAAGCAAUGUGGUAAAGCCUUUAGCUGUCCCACAUCCUUUCGAAGUCAUGAAAGGAUACACAGUGGAGAAAAGCCCUAUGAAUGUAAAAAAUGUGGCAAAGCUUUCAGUUGUCCAAGUUACUUUAGAAAACAUAAAAGAAUUCAUACUGGAGAGAAACCCUAUGAAUGUAAGCAGUGUGGUAAAGCCUUCAGUUGUCCCAGAUCCUUUCGAAGUCAUGAAAGGAGACACAGUGGAGAAAAGCCCUAUGAAUGUAAAAAAUGUGGUAAAGCCUUCAGUUGUCCAAAUUAUUUUCGAAAACAUGAACGAAGUCAUACUGGAGAGAAACUCUAUGAAUGUAAGGAAUGUGGGAAAGCCUUCAGUUGUCCAAGUUACUUUCGAAAACAUGAAAGAAAUCAUACUGGAGAGAAACCCUAUGAAUGUAAGGAAUGUGGGAAAGCCUUAAGUUCUCUCACCAACUUUCGAAGACACAUGAUGAAGCACACCGGAGAUGGGCCUUAUAAGUGUAAGGAGUGUGGGAAAGUCUUUGAUUGUCCCAAUUACUUUCGGUAUCAUGAAAGCACACAUAGUGGAGAAAAGCCAUAUGAAUGUAAGGAAUGUGGUAAGUCCUUUAGUACUCCCAGGUCCCUUCAAAAUCAUGAAAAAACUCACACUAGGAAAAAACCUCACAAAUGUAAGGAAUGUGGUAAAGCCUUCAGUUUUCCCUGUUCACUUCAAAAGCAUGAAAGAAGUCAUACUGGGGAGAAACCCUAUGAAUGUAAGCAAUGUGGUAAAGCCUUCACUUAUCUCAGUUCCAUUCAAAAACAUGAAAGAGCUCACAGUGGAGAGAAACCCUAUGAAUGUAAGGAAUGUGGGAAAGCCUUCAUUUCUCUCUCUAAUGUUCAAAGACAUAUGAUAAAGCACACUGGAGAUGGACCUUGUAAAUGUAAGGAAUGUGGGAAGGCCUUCGAUUGUCCUAGUUCAUUACGAACACACGAAAGAACUCACACCGGGGAGAAACCCUAUCAAUGUAAAAAUUGUAGUAAAGCCUUCAGUCGUCCCAGUUCUUUACGAAAUCAUGAAAGAACUCAUACUUAAGAGAAAGUCUAUGAAUAUAAGGAAUGUGGGAGAGGAUUUCAUGGACACGUAAGAAUGCACACUGGAGAGAUACUGUAUAGAUACAUAUAGAAUGUGGAAAAGCCUCCAUCUGUCUCAUUUCCUUGGGAAGCCAUUAAACAAACAAAAACACAGUGGAGAAAAUUCUAUUGAAUGUAAACAAUAUAGGAAAACCUUCACUUGCCUCAAAUCCCUACAAAAUCAUGUGAGAAUGUAUACUGAAUAGAAACUGUAUAACUGAAAAAUAAGACAAGGUUUUUAAUUUUAACAAAUAUUUUCAAAGUAGUGUUAAAAGUGCAUCAGCAUUAAAUCAUAUUAUUGUAAUAAUAUGGGUAGUCCAGUGAAAAUUAAUUCAUGUAGGAUACUCUAGAAAUUUCACGAUAUGAAAGAAAUGUUAUAAACAUUAUACAUAUAUGAUCUUUAUUACUUAUUCUUUAAGUAAUUCUCUGUAGUAUGGAGUUCUACUUACUUUUGCAAGUAAAUAUUGAAGUGAGAUAAUUCUGUAGUUACUGUUUAAGCAAGAGUUACUAAGUUUAAUAGGUCAUUUUUUUCCUUUAGUCAGUAAAAAUUUUGUGCUUCUAUUUUGAAGUCUGUUAGAUCCAUGGGUGAAUUGAAGUGUAUCUCUAACAUGCAAGUAGAUUUAAUUUUUACAUAAUCCUGUAAUUGAUCUGUUAGGAAAGGAUCAUUGAAAAAUGACACUUUGGUAUUUGUUUGUUUUUUUCCUACUGGUCUCCCGUGACAAGUACUUUUAC